AUGUGUCGCUCAGCUGACGAAUUCAAAAACCGCUUCCUUCAAGCAUCAGAUUACGGUAUCGGCUACGAUUGCAAAUUCAUAGUCGGUCCUGAAAACAAUGUCGUCGAAGGACACAAAUUCUUGUUUUCGGUGGCGAGUGAAGUGUUCCAAGCCAUGUUCUACGGUGAUCUGAAGGAGGAAAGCACGGUCAAAAUCGAGGAUCUGGACGCCGAAGGAUUCAAAGCCAUGAAGCAUUAUAUCUACACUGGUGAGGUGAAUUUCACAUCCGCUAUCCAUGCUCUCUCAGCUUACAUUGCGGCUCGCAAAUAUCUCAUCUCCCAACUAAUGCGGGAGUGCAUCAGCUACUGUCAAAAGCAGCUCAACCCCUCACAGGUACUGCAGUUCUACGAAACUUGUGUAACUCACAAUAUAACAGAAUUCGAUGAGCUGUGUUUGAACAUCAUCGAAGAAAAAACCGACCAAAUAAUUGAAAGUGACUAUUUUCCGUUUGCCCAAGCUGAAACAAUCCAAUUAAUUCUGAAGUCUCGUAGUCUCAGUUUGCAAUCAGAAAUCGAGGUGUUUGAUUUGUUUGAAAAAUGGGCUCUGGCUGAAGCAGAUCGUACACGACUACGCGAUGGUGAUUUGGCAUCUAGUUUUAAUCAUCUGAAAAAGUAUGUACGAUUUCUUACAAUCAGUUCGGAAGAGUUCACCGAACGCAUUGAGCAGUCUUUGCUGCUUACACCAACUGAGAAAAAUGCUAUAGAGAGCAAUCUGUCACAAUUUAAUCCGAAACCCAUGCCCUUAGAUCUCUCGAUGAUUCGACAGCAACAACUUCUGUAA